AUGCACCUGUGCCAGGAGCAGCGACUCCGGCCCCAGGCGACGCGCGCCGCGCCCGAGACGUGGCCGGAGAAGAGCGCGCGAGCGCACGCCGCCGCUGCCUCGCCACGACGCCCGUCGCGAUGGCCUCUCGGCCUGAGCCUCGUCCUCAUGCUGUAUGUGUGGUGUCGCUGGCUCCGCGCCGACGCGCCCCACAACGACUCGGACACCACGGCCCUGCUCCGCGCAUUUGGGCCGUCCAUCGCCGACGAAGCUCGCUGCCGCGUGCGCGCCAGCAUGAACGCCACUGGCUGCGUCUCGACAUGGCGCGACCGUGCGAGGGCCGCCGAGGCCGCGUUCCUAGACGUGCCAAGCGCCGAGAGCGCGCGUGCCGCGCUGCAGCGGUACACGUCGCAUGUGCACAUCGCCUCCGAUGACCGGGAUGCGGCGUCCGCGCGCCAGGUGCUCACCGAAUGGGCCGACCUGCUCGGCGUGCCCACCGACGCCACCGACGCGAUCUUCGACGCGGGAUCCACGCAGAGUCGCACCUACAUGACGCAGCACGGCGAGCCACGCGUGUGGGCCGAUACCUACGCGGUAUGGCUCGAUCGGCCCGUCCACGCAUCGCUCUCGCUCACCGCGGCGAACGGCUCCACGGUGUGGGAGGCCGACCUCGCCGAAGACGUCGUGCGCGACGAUCCGACCAGCGCGCACGGCGCCCCCGCCUUCCACGCGUACUCGGCCUCCGGCACCGCGCACGCCCACGUCAUCUACGCCGGCCACGGAUCGCACGCCGACUUCGCCCGCCUUGACGCGCUCGGCGUUCGCGUACGAGGGAGCGUCGUCCUGGUUCGUAAUGGAGGUGUGUUCCGUGGCCUGGCCGUCCGCGCGGCGCAAGAGCACGGCGCGGUCGGCGUGCUGCUGUACACCGAUCCCGCGGACGACGGCGGCGUCACCGAGGCGCACGGGCACGCAGCGUACCCAGACGGCCCGGCGCGGCAGCGCAGCAGCGUAGAGCGCGGCAGCGUGCAGGCGCUGUCGUUCCAGCCCGGCGAUCCAUCGACGCCCGGCGCGCCUUCGUACCGCGAUGCAGCGCGCCUGCCACGCGAAGAGGCCAUCUCGCUGCCGCGCAUCCCGUCCCUGCCGAUCUCGUACAUGCAUGCACAGCGCCUCCUGCGCGAUAUGGAGGGCGUGGGCGUCGAAGCUAGCGCCGUCCGCCCCGACUGGGGCGGCGCGAUCCCCCACACGACAUACUGGACCGGCCCGAGUCGGCACAUGGCGCACAUGACGAACGAGAUGGACAUGCAGACGCGCGAUAUCUGGAACGUGUACGCCGUCAUCCCCGGGCACAUCGACACGCAGCGCAUCAUGGUCGGCCACCACCGCGACGCCUGGGGCUUCGGCGCCGGAGAUCCGUCGUCAGGCACUGCGGCCGUGCACGAAGUCGUACGCGGCCUCGGCCACCUCCUGCGGCGCGGCUGGCGCCCCGCCCGCACGAUCGUACUCGCGAGCUGGGACGCCGAGGAGUACGGCCUCGUCGGAUCGACCGAGUGCGGCGAGGACUAUGCGUCCUUCCUCCAGGACCACGUCGCCCUGUACCACAACCUCGACAUGGCCGUGCGCGGCUCGCAGUUCCGCGCGAAAGCGUCUCCGUCGCUCCAGCGCGUCCUCCACGACGCCGUGAAGGCGCUCCCGAACGUCACGCUCGAUCACGUCGGCCCCCUCGGCUCCAGCAGCGACUUUACCGUCUUCCUCCAGCACCUCGGCAUCGCGUCGUCGGACCUCGGCUUCGACCGCGCGCCGUCCGAUCCCGUGUACCACUACCACUCGAACUACGACUCCUUCGCGUGGAUGGACCGCUUCGGCGACCCCGACUUUGCGCGCCACGAAACCGUCGCAAAGGUCUACGGCCUCCUUGUCCUCCGCAGCGCACAGUCGCUCUUCCUGCCCCUGUCGCUCACCGACACCGCCCAGGCGCUCGUCACGCACCUGGCGUCGCUCGAGAACGUCGCACGCGAUGCCAACGUGCGCCUGGCGCCCACCUGGCUCCAGCGGCUCGCCGACGCCAUCGAACGGCUCAGUCAGGGCGCACGGCGCCUCGCAGCCGAGCAGGCCGCGCUGGCAAAGCGCCUCGACGCGCCUGACGGCGAUCUCGCGCCGACGCUGCGCGCCGUGCACGCCAUCAACGAGCGCCUGCAGCCCUGGGAGCAGGGCUGGCUCGAUGCACGUGGCUUGAGGCAGCGGACAUGGUACCGGCACUUGGGCGUCGCACCCGGCCGCUGGCUCGGCUACGGCGCUACGACCUUCCCCGGUGUGACAGAGAGCAUCACCCUCGACGGCGGCCAACACACCACCGACGAACUCGCUCGCCUGACGCUCGCGCUCGAACGGCUCGCCGCGCUCAUGUCUCGCGGUAGAUCUUGA